AUGGAGAAGAGCUUGGCUCCUCCACGGGAUAACCUAUUCUGUGGGAAGCGAGCCGACUCAGUCCACCCAGUCUACCACGAACAAGAAGUCGAUAGACCUACGACUGCGUAUGCUAUCUUCCCUGAUCUGGUCAUCAAAGAACCGGGUAGCUACCGUGUCAAAGUCAGCAUUAUCGAUAUGAAUGGGUACGCGUCAGCGAGACAGCCUAUAUGGGGAACGAUGCUGAUAUAUGUCAGAGCCAUUAGCGGCGUUACGGCAGAGGUACAUUCCAAAGUUUUUGAUGUGGUUGAGGAAACCAACCACAGUGGCUCCGAGCCAAAAGUUGACGAGACCAUUGGCCGAUUGAGGUCGAUCGGUAUCAACUGUUGA